UAAUCUACACGAUCCUUACCAAAAAUGAACUAGGCGAAAUUCCGCCCAACUGUCCAUCAUCCGCCACAUAUAGCACAUCCAUCACAUUCAAUGUUUGUCGUAUUCGACUUGCGAAUUUGAUUUCGAUGUGGCUAUUCGAACUAUUUGGAAUUUCAUGGACUAUUGCCCAUUGUUUUGGUCAAUUACCUAAAAGUAAUAACAGAAAUUCAAUUGUAACAAUUGAUGGUGAAUUGGAGGAUCUCUAUAGUGAUGAUGAAUUAGCAGAAAAGAUGAGAAACGGAAACGGAGGCAAUAAUGGUAAAG